CCAAUCAGAGAAGACCACGAAUAGGUGCCGGCCACGUCUUCUGUCUUACAAGCUUUAGUCCUCUGGAAUCCGGGAAGAGCGCAGUGAUUAGUAAGAAAUGCAUUUCCGGACACAAUUGGCUACUGUAGUCCUGGCCGCCAUCCUCGGAUGCGCGCUGGCUAGCGAGGCGGACGUGCUGGAACUGUCCGAUGAUGACUUCUCGACGAGAGUCGCCGAAGUCGAGACCACACUGGUGAUGUUUUAUGCCCCCUGGUGUGGCCACUGCAAGAGACUGAAGCCGGAAUACGCCAAAGCCGCAGAGUUGCUCCGUGACGAUGAUCCUCCGAUCGCUCUGGCGAAAAUCGACUGCACGGAGGCCGGCAAGGAGACUUGCGGCAAGUUCUCCGUGCAGGGCUACCCCACACUGAAGAUCUUCCGCAAUGGUGAGGUAUCACAGGAGUACAAUGGACCCCGCGAGGCUGCCGGCAUUGUGAAGUACAUGCGCGCUCAAGUGGGUCCCUCGUCGAAGGAUCUUCUGACUGUGGAGGCUCUGGAGGCCUUCCUGGCCGUGUCCGAGCCCGCGGUGGUGGGUUUCUUCAAAAAGGAGAGCGACCUGAAGGGCGUGUUCCUCAAGUAUGCCGACAAGAUGCGUGAGAAACUCCGCUUCGCCCACUCAAGCGCCGCCGAAGUUCUGGCCAAGCACGACCAGACAGACGCUGUGCUUCUCUUCCGUGCCUCAAAUCUCCACAAUAAGUUCGAGGAAAACUUCCUCAAGUUCGACGGCAGCGACGUUGGCGAGCUGACACAGUUUGUCCGGCAAAAUCUGCAUGGCUUGGUUGGCCUCCGCACGCGCGACUCCGUUUCGGAGUUCCAGAAUCCGCUGGUCGUGGCGUACUACAACGUGGACUACGUGAAGAACGCCAAGGGCACGAACUACUGGCGCAACCGCGUGCUGAAGGUGGCCAAGGAGUUCAAGGGCAAGCUGGGCUUCGCCAUCAGCGCCAAGGAUGAGUUCCAGCACGAGCUGAACGAGUACGGGUACGAUUACGUGGGCGACAAGCCUCUGGUGCUGGCGCGCAACCAGGACAACCAGAAGUUCAUCAUGAAGGAUGAGUUCUCGGUGGAGAAUCUGCAGAAGUUCGCCGCUGAUCUGCUGGCCGGCGAUCUGGAGCCGUACAUCAAGUCCGAGGCGGUGCCGGAGAAGAAUGACGGGCCCGUGAAGGUGGCCGUGGCGAAGAACUUCAAGGAGCUGGUCACAGAUGUGGACAAGGACGUGCUGAUUGAGUUCUACGCGCCCUGGUGCGGCCACUGCAAGAAGCUGGCGCCGGUGUUCGACGAGCUGGGCGAAAAGCUGAAGGCUGAAUCGGGAGUGAGUAUCGUGAAGGUGGACGCCACGGCGAACGACGUGCCGCCGCAGUUCGAGGUGCGCGGCUUCCCGACGCUGUUCUGGGUGCCGAAGGACAACAAGUCGAAGCCUGUGAAGUACGAGGGCGGACGCGAGCUGGAGGACUUUGUGAAGUACAUUGCCAAGCACGCCACAGAUGAGCUCGAUGGCUUCGACAGGAGCGGCAAUGCGAAGAAGAGUGAACUCUAAAUCUCAAAUUACACACCUUUUUUUUACACAUUAGCAUUUCCGUCAUUUCUUCAGACAUUCAAUUCAAAAGUGAGAAUAGGCGUUUAGAUAAGAAUUUCUCUGUAACUCAUCGUGAAAUGAUUUAUAAUUCAUUGUAAUAAGUAAUGGAGAAGAAAGUGGAAGACGAAAAGA